AUGGAACCUCAAUCUCAUGAAAACGAAAACGAAAACGAAUUCAAAUUUGAAUUCGACCUUUUCAUCGAUAUAUGCGGUCGAUCAAUAUUUACAGAAGAAUACAAAGGAGACCUCGAUGCAGCAUGGGGCUAUCUACAGCGUGCGCAGAGCGAUGCACACCCAGAUCUGAAUACCCAAGCCGAGCACCUACGAUCUUCAGCCAUAUACUCUAUUCUAACCGGCAACUUUGCAGAUGCAUUUAAGCAUCUCGAGUCACUUCACGCUUUACUAGAUCAACUCUCACCAGAAUGGGGUCUACGCUACACAAACUACCACGUUCUAGCCAAUUAUACCCGUCGCUUUCCACCAGCUCUACGCUUCUACCACGAGCAAGGCUCACCACUGAAUGUCCCCAUGCGAGGCGACAUAAUCGGUCCAUAUGAGAUUUCUGAAAGAUUUAUGGCGAAUGUGAACAAGUACAUGCCAAUUGGAGUUCCUCGCGAUCAGGGACUAAGUCAGGUUCUCAAUAUCAUUCAAUGGUUCUCUUUUAAUGCUCGACACUUGACAAUGCUUUUCCAUAAGCUUUCUCCUGGUGGUACAAGCUACAAGCCUGGUGAAAGUGCAACACCGACUAUUACAGAGCGAGCGAAGAAUUUCAUUAGAUUUCGCGCUGUAGCGGAAGCUAAUGGUGCGACUAAUAUCGCAGCGUAUCUGACUCGUCUGGUUGUUGAGUUUUAUAUCGCGUGCGAUAGUCCUGAAACGGGGAUUAUGCUGGACGAUUACUAUCAAAGAUGUGAGAAGAUGGGUGACAAGGCUGGAAUGGCGAAUGCGAAAUUGAUGGAAGCGGAUAGUCUUCUUUGUCCACCGUUUACGAGCCCAAUUAUGCUUAACUUGAUUGUUUUUGAUGGGGCUAGUGCGACCGGGGAUCACAAUUUCUGGGAUCCGAUUGAAUUCGAUCUUCGGCUUGAUUAUUCGAACGAAGUGCAAAAAUGCUACGAGUCUGCGCUUGAUCUUUUUCGAGCCGCUGGUUGUAAGAGGGGUCAAGCGGCGACGGUGUUUCGACAAGGGUGUUGUCUGCAUAUACUCGGACGUCUGCGGCGGUCUUUGAAUGAGCCGUACUUGGAACUGUUGAUUGAGGCUGAGUCGAAGCUUCAAGAGGCACUUGAGUUGUUUGGAAGAGAUGAAGGGAAUGCAUAUUUGGUGAAAGCACAUCAGAUCUUGCUUAGUAUUUCUAAAGGGAAUCCCCAGCGUGUGAAGAAACUUGCUCGGGAUAUUGGUGAGUGGUGUGCGAAAGCGAAAAAUGAACAGUUGGCUCAUGUUAUUGGAGUCCUCAUGUGUCGAUUUGGGAAUCGGGAAUGGUCACAAUACUCUAACCUGGAUACAUCCCGACAGGCCUGGGAAUGCGCUUACGAGAUUUUCAAACCGGUUGGUGAUAUGAUUCCUCUAUUCCAGACUGUUGUGUCCCGCGCAGCUGUUCAAAGAGAUAUAUUCAAUAAAGACCCUGCUCUCAUGUUGAUUGAAGAGGCCUCAUCGAUGAUGGAUGAAGUCAGAGGCUACAUCCGUGACAAAAUUCAGUCUGCACCACGUACACCUCUUGGUGAUCAAGAUCGUACCAUUCUCCAAACAAAUAAGUGCAACUUGCUCUGGACGUUCAGUCGUCAAAUCGGGAGAAUCUAUGCUCUUGCAGAGGAUACAGAGAGUUUUCUUGGAUGGCACACCAGAAUGAGUGAUUGGCUUGAAAAUGAUGAGGAUUUUCGUGAUUGGCGGGAAAGAAUAGAAGAUCCCACGAAUUACCCCACGGAAGUGUACAAGUCCGACAUAACGAUGCCGAAAGUAUCCGAUUCCAAGGAUCUUUGGCGAAGGGUGUUAGCAGACGAUGCGGUAAAUGUGAAGUGGACCGCGGCAGACGCAGGGUUUCGCCGUCUAAUAGAUGAAGGAGAUAUUCUGGGCGCGGAAGAGAUAAUGCGCCGGUUUUCAAGCGACAACGAACACGGUGAGAAAGUUUAUACGAGAGAUCUGUACCGCAUCUUGGCCUGUAGUCGAAUUGGAGAUAAGUCGAAGGCAAGAGAAAUCCUGGACUCGAUAAGUGACGACGAGCUAUUUGGUGGGAACCUGGAAGCCUACCAGGAAGGCAUUGCGAUAAGAUCGUUCCUCCCUACAGUUGGACAAAACGCUUUGACCUUUUCAAUUAUUACUGGAGAUCUAGAGCGAGGCAGGAGAUUAGUUGAGCUCAUUGCCAAAAUGAGUCCAACAUUCUUCGAUGCUGUCACCGAUAACGCUCUCGAUUACGCUAUACGCAUUGGCCACCAUGCGACUAUCAUGAUGGAAUCAGAGCCAGAAGUUGCAUUCUCUAAACUUCUCACCUCUAAGCAAAUUGUUGAGACUCGACGAAAGCAGACUGCAGAUCCGGAUGCUCGUGUGUGGAGUGUCACACCUGGGUCGACUGGUGAAGUAUACCUCAAUCUUGCACGAAUCUGUCUCUGUGCAGAGGAAUCAAAACUUCCAUUGCAACUACUUAAGGGACACAAUCAUGGCAAUCCUGAGGGAAUAUCCUGGGCUGAGCAUGCAUUGCUUUUUGUUGAGAUGUCCAGGGCACGCGCUGUACUUGAAUCUUUACAAACACAAACAAGCAAGGGUUUAGGACUUCCUGAUGGUCGCAAAACGACACAACUAUCAGCGGCUGUUCACAAGCGGCGCUUACUACGGACCCUGUUAUCUUUGAAGACUUUGACAGCUGAUCAAGAGAACGAAAUUUCUCAGUUGCAGCAAGAUAUCAAGGUGUUAGAGGAAGAUGGGACACUAUCCUCUGCCACCACUUUCAUCGAAACUGCGAGCUCUACCAUUGAGCCUAGACUCUUGUAUCAGAGUAUUGAUGAUGAUUCUGUCGUGAUAGAAGCAACAUUUGGAACUCAAGGUUCGAUUGCAUUUGUCUUGACCAACGAUGGGAUUCAGCAUGUACACCAGUCAUCGAAAUGCUCCGCAGAUAUACGACGACCCGUAAUGAGGGCCAUACAGAUACUGGGGGAAAUGGAUGGCUAUCUCGGUGAAGAAGAGGAAGCCCGGAAGAAGCUCCUGAAUGAGCUUUGCUCGGAGAUUUCCCAGAUGCUGCUUGUGCCAUUUGCGGAGAUCAUCAGAAGCAAGUCACAUAUCAUAUUCUCCAUAUCGGAUCCGUUGACAGCCUUCCCUUUCUCUAUCCUCUCAUUUGACGAGAAGCCGCUCGUCAUGCAUGCUGUCGUCUCUCAAGUGCCUAGUCUGACGGUGCUCUAUUACCUUUCCCAGCGUAAAUCAGCAUCUGCCUCCCCAACGGUAUCCGUUCUAGCCAAGUCUCCUUCAGAGGAGCCAUCUGGUCUAACCAGAAGUGAAAAUGAAUCUAAUCUCCACAUGGCUGGCAUUGAAGCAGUCAAUAUUGCUCGCACGUUUGAAACCUGGCCUAUUGAAGCGUCUCAAAUGACCCGAAAGGAUUUCCAGCGCUAUGUUGAAGGGGGUUCACUGAUCAUGCAUAUUGGGACGCAUGGUGACAUCAACCCUCGCAACCCCCUCCUUUCAUCAAUCUCCAUUGGUCAGGGCCAAGAAUUCCGUGUUCUUGACAUGUCUGCUAUUCAAAGCAACGUGAAUCUAUUAGUCUUUGCCGCUUGCUUAAGUGGAUUUGGAAAGGCAACCAUUGGUAGCGAAGUUCUCGGAUUCUCCCAUGUUGUCUUAAGCACAGGUUGUCAAGCCUAUGUCGGAUCCCUCUGGAAAGUGAGUGAUUUUGCUUCAAUGCUGAUCAUGACACUAUUCUAUCGGCAUUUAAAAGCCAACCCCCAUCGGACCGUAGCAACAGCGAUGCGAGCGGCCCAAAUGGAUCUCUUGCAGCUGGAUCCCGAUAAGGCCGGUAUACUCAUCGAUCAAAUGGUCGAAAAUUGGAAUUCCCCCGGUAGUUCUGGUCUCAGCCCAGCCGAAUUUGUGCCCGACGCGGAGUUUGUUCUCCUAACUCUCAAGUUAAUACUUGUCCAACUGGAUUGGACCAGUCCAUUUUUCUGGGCACCUUUUACCCUGGUGGGGUAUGGCGGGUUUCGAUUUCUGCAUGAAGCAGCUGAACAAUGA